AACGGGAUUUAGGGUGUAUGUGAAAGAUAAAUGCAUUGUGAUUGAAGAUAUUGAUUUGGAUAUUUACUUCACCAAAGAUUUGUUCGAGGAUGUCAUUUCCAAAGCCAAAGAACAGAAUAUAAGUCUUCCUAGGUUUGUUGGUUUUAGAUAUCAUCUUCCUUGGAAAGAAAUUCAGAAAGAGGCACUAGCUUCUGAUAGAGAUUGGAUUAAGAUGGUUGAGGUUUGGGGGGGAGUUCCUUGUAAUUUCAUUCCCUUAUUUGUAGUUGAGUUAGAAGAGCCUAGUGCAUUACAAAAAAUGGCAGAGAAACUUCAUGUUACUGCCCAAACUUUUAAGGACUCAAGCAGUAGUGAUACUGAGCUUUGGGCUGACAAUUUGCUUGUGACACCAACAAAUUAUAGUCAGACUUUUGAAAGUGAAGAUAAUGGGGGUAAUAAAUCUAAAUUAAAUGUGAGAAGGCAAAUGAGCAGGACAUUUGAAGUGUUGCUCCAACCAUCUGUUUUAGACCCCCCUGAGGUUCCAUCUAUUACUAUUUCCUCUCCACACCUCUCACCCACAAGUACAGAACCUAAUACAAUGAUUAGAGAGGCAGUUGAGAAUGAUGGCAGUUCUAAAAAGAAGAAAAAGAAGCUUGUGGGGGGAGGUAGUAAAGUACUUGAGAGGACUGAGUUGAAUGUCAAACUUUUGGCUAAAGAAUUAAACGGUUUAGAAGCUUAUGACAUUCCUCCCUUGAGCAACCCCCAAGUUCCUCCCCUAGAUCUUUUUUUUGAGGAACCUUUGCUCCCUUCUCAGGGGGUAAUUGAUGAUGAUAAAGCUUCAUCUGAAGAUGAAGAAGAAGACUGUGAUUUUACAGGGAGUGAGGAGGAGUGUUUGAGUAGUGAGGCAGUUUUCUUGGAUGAAGAGUCAGAAAUGGAGGAUGAGUUUGAUCUUGAUGCUAACACUGCCCAUAAAAUGAUGCUGGGUAAUGAGGAAGAAAAUGAAGAUGGGAGUGGCAGUCAGUCUAUUCUUGAGAAAAUGGCUAAGGUGUUUAGGACUGGAAGGCUAUGGGUGAGAAGUGCUCAUGGAAAAGUUGAGCUAAAGCAAGUGAAAGAGAAGCAUAACAGGGCUGGAGCAGCUUGGGUUGCAACUCACCUUCUAGAAGACUUCAGAAAUAAUAAACAGAUGAGUGUAGUUACUGCCCAGAAAAUUAUUUUGAAGAAGUUCAGCACUCGCAUACCUGAUUAUACUUGCUGGAGGGCUCUUAGGGUCAUGAGGGGUAUGGUUGAAGGUAGGCAUGAAGAUGGAUACAAGAUGUUACCACAAUACAUGGAGGGUCCAUAUGAGGGAGUGCUUUUGACUGCUAUGGCCUUAGAUGGAAACAAUGGUCAAUUUCCCUUGGCAUAUAGUAUUGCUGAUUGUGAAGAUGAAACAGAGUGGUCUUUCUUCCUACAUGGACUAGCUGUGGCACUUGGCUGCACAUCAGAUGCAUCCCCAUACACAAUAAUAUCUGACAUGCACAAGGAAAUAAUUAAAGGACUGAGGAAUACUCUGCCUAAAGCUAAAAGAAGGAUUUGUGUGCUACACUUUUAUAAGAACUUUGCUUCAAAGUUCUCAGGUGCAUGGUUCCAUUCAUUCUUCUACAUUGUGGCAAAUACUUUCUCAGAAUAUGUAUUUAAAAAAGCAAUGGAAAAAAUAAAAGAGGAGGAUGCAGAUGCCUAUGACUGGCUCAUGGACAAUGAACCACAUGAACAUUGGGCCAGACACAAAUUUGAUCCUGCAUUGAAGUGUGAUGACAACACAAACAACUUUGUGGAGUCAUUCAAUAAGGCCAUAAUAUCACACAGAGCCAAGCCAACCUUGCAAAUGCUAGAGGAGAUCAGGAAAUUAAUAGGGAAUAGAUUUGAAAAAAGGUUUGACUUAGGCAGGAGUUGGUGUACUACAAUAAAACCUUAUGUAGACAACAAGUUAAGGGUGCUAGCAAUGGAGUCUAGAGUAUGUUCUGAGGUUGUAGGAGCUGGUAGAGGUGAAUUUGAUGUGGUUGAUGGGAACACCAACUUCACAGUGAGGCUGAGAGACCAUCACUGUGACUGUAAUAAGUGGCAAGUGUCAGGCCUUCCUUACCCUUGUAUGUGGGGUGAGAGCUCACUCCCUAAACUUGAUCCUCCCAAGGCGUUUAAAAAGAAGGGGCGGCCAAAGAAGCACAAAAGAAGAGAUGGAAUUGAUGAUAUAAUUGCCAAAAAGAAGAGGAUGCCUCAUGGGACCAAGCACUGCAGUCAAUGCAAGCAGUUGGGACACAAUCAUAGGACCUGUGGGCAAAUGAGAGAUGAAGGAGGGAGGUUGCUGAAGAAGAAACAAAAUAAGAAGAAAAAAUCAACAACAGAAGUGUAGUUUGAUGAAGAGGGAGUAGUAGUAACCUCUGGCACCGUGGUAACAUAUGUAGUAGUUUUUUGGCAUUUUGGUAUUAAACAGCAGUUGGCCUG